UAGGGUUUGGGCACCUUACAAUGAGUGUCAUUCCCGGGUCCAUCACGGCUGGCCGUGGUCUGUCUGACAGAGGCGCUACCGUGGUCCAGAUAUACCCAGGAGAGAAUCAGACAUGGCAAGAGGGACCCUUCAACUACACCACAUACCUGGGCAUGGAGAGUCUCGGCUGGUGCGAGGAGUGGAGAGAACCUCAGCACAUUGUAUUCCAGCUCGCCAACAUCUGCUGUAUGUUGUCUUACUCAUCACCUACAAACAGAUAUGGAAUCGUCUUCAUGCAUUUCCUCCUCAUAAUUGGUUAUUUCAUGUUCUGCGUUUGGGCGUGGAGUAUUGUUUGCGCUCCUGACGUGUUCGUGUGGAAUCUAUGCUUCACUCUGCUCAACCUGUUUCAACUCAUCUACGUCCUUUACCAAAUGCGACCGGUCAAAUUUGAUCCUGAACUAGAGGAAGUUUAUCACACACUUUUCCGGCCAUUUAAGGUAACCCGGAUGCAGUUUAAGAAGCUGGUAUGUAACGACUUGGCUCAGAUCAUGUCUCUACAUGCAGGGGAAGCGUACGCCAUGCAAAACCUUACCAGAACUGAUCGUCUGGGUCUUCUCCUAACAGGAAAAGUCAAUGUGCUCUCAGAUCAGCAGUUCCUCCAUCCCAUCUUGCCCUGUGAAUUUCUCGACUCUCCGGAGUUUGAAAGCAGAGCGAACAUGGACGACAAGUUCAAGGUGUCUAUAGUAGCAGCUACUAGCUGUCGUUAUCUCUACUGGAUGAGGACUACACUGGAGUAUCUGUUUGUCAAAGAGACAUAUCUGGCUACAGUGAUGUCCACCUUAGUAGCUAGAGACAUCACUACUAAGCUGUACGCUAUGAAUAACAAGAUUGUAACCGAGAAGGGGUUUCACCUAGAUAUACGUCUUCCCAGUAUAACUUCCACUUUGAAUGUCAACCGGGAUCGCAAGAGUCCUUCCUUUAAAGCUCUCCUGCGACACAGCACGGUUCUGUCUGGAGGUUCACCUAAGUCUCCUGAGUCUGUGUCCAAUAGCCGUGAACGUCUGUUGAAGUCCUCAGGACAGUCUGUGCCCAACGGACGCCUGGUUGAGGAGAUGACUCCUCUAAAGGAACUCCCCUCCACCGACGAUCUAGCCUCCAACACCGAGGUCGAGUCUUGGCUCGAGUCAUCCUCCAAGUUCCACAGUUGUGAGGUAGUGGAUGACUGAGAUGAGGAAAACGACUGGGAAAGCACCCAGUCGUUCCUGACGGCAGAGUUAUGACGGAAGUGGAAGAAGAGGAAACCCCUAAAAGUGGUGGGACUCCUGAGCGGGUUGCUCUUCCAGGGGCGAAGCCCGGGUCUGCCGUGAGACAAGUGUCUAGACCCGGGGAGCAAGGAGAGGUUGGAGAGGAAAAAAGGAGUUUUAAAUAUAUUACAAGAUAUUUAUUUUUGUUGAUUCAUGAAACUUUCAAAUGUUAAUAGAUGUUCAGUGCUGCAUACACGACUAAAGAUAAAGUUUUAUAUAUUUGGGAUUGGACUGAAUAUUUUGGUUUAAAUUCAAUGGUGGUUUUGGCUAACAGUAACUAUACCCUGGAAGCAAGGGAGGUAAAUUUUAUCUAUAAAAAAUUUAGAAAAUAUGAACUGUGAGGUCAGAAUUAGGUCGCUCUUUAUAUAAAACAGUUAAAAAAAUUAACACAUUAUUUUAUGUUUCGUUAUCUUUUUAGUGAAUUUACCAUAUUCAUCUUAGAAUAGACUCUACUUAAUUUUCGGUGUAAAGAAAUACAAUUAAUAUGGCUUAAAAGUAAUAUAUGAAUGGUUUUUUGUAUUUUUAAAUUUAAUCUUUACAGUAAGUUAAAAAUCAAAUCUUUGUACAAACGCAAUUUCGAUGCUUUUUGUUUAUAGCUUCCUCCUACAGGGAAGUAGCACUAUAGUGGGCCUGGGACCAUAGAUCCGCUUAAAAACAUAACUAUUCAGUAUAUUAUGUUUUUAUUCCUAUUGAUUAUUGAUGUAGUAACAGUAAAAGGUUAUGGUAUGAUGCAUCCCAUAGAGAGUAACUGUAAUAGACUUUGUUUAAUCUAAAUACAGUAUCGUCAUAAAAUUAAAUGUCUUUAUUUCACUGCAAGCUUAUGAAGUAUAACAUAAGGAAAUACUUAUGAUUUUCCUUAUGACAGCAUCACUAAAUGGCGAGGGACUAGAUCGAAAAUUGCUUUUAUUAUGUACCAGGAAGCGGUAUGCUUACCCUACAUGUUUCUUGCACAUAGGAUUCAUACAUUUUAUAGACCUAUGACCAAGGAAGUAUCCAAACAAAUACUAAUAGGCAUUAUAAAAGUGGUUAACUCAUACAUUUAAAGGAUUGUAAUAAUAUUUUAUUCUAAAACAAAAGGAUUUGUUAAUUAUUAAGUAGCUUUUACAUGAUAAAGGUGUUGUAACUGCUAAUCUGUACAUGUUCAAUUAGUUACU